AGAUAGCUGCAGAAACUUUGAAGAGAAACAAUGACAUCCAUCCCUGGAACUGAUAAUCUUACAUGGAGUGACGAACAAACAAGCUUCUUUCUUCAACUAAGACUUGAUGAGAAUCUGAAAGGAAACAUAAGAAAACAGAUGGUUAAUGAGGCUGGGAGACAGGCGAUAAUAGAUAAGUUCUAUGAGGCAUUUGGUGUAAAAAUUCCAUGGAGAAAAUUUGGGAUAAAGUACAAUACUUGCAAGAAGCAGUAUGAGUCUUUUAAGUGACUCGGAACAGAACGGGGCUUGGUUUUGAUUCAACCGGAUUCAUCAACAUGAGUGAGGACUGGUGGAAUGAGCGAUGCAAGGAGUGGCCAGGUGCUAGAAAAUUUAAAGACAAGGCGGUAGCAAAUAUGGAUUUAAUGGAGAAGGUAUUUGGGACAGUUUAUAUUAGUGGAGGUGAAGGUUGGUCUGCUCAGCAAGGUGAAGAUGUUUUAGACACAAAGCACUCAGAUCAUGAUGAUGAGAUUGAUGGUGAAGAUGAUGCUGAGUCAAGGCGUGAUAUUCCUACUGAAGAAGCUGUUGGAGCUGAAUCAAGAAAUUUUGGAUCAAAGAAUGUUGGCCCCUCUUCUUCUAGGUCAAAGGUUAAUAAGAAAAGAUCAAGGGCUGUACAAGCAGGACAAGCUGUGGCUGAUGUGAUUAAGGAGAGUGUUGAGUCUAGAGACAAGAUUCUUUCCCACAAGAAUCAUCUGAUAGAGAACCAUCCUGAGUUUAGUUGCAGUCAACUGCGAGCUAUGGAGGUUCUUCACUCUCUGCCUGCUAUAAGGAUGUGGUCUCCUCUAUACAAGGCCUCCAUUAACCACCUCAAACAAGAUGCUGCAAAUCGUCAGACCUUCUUGUUCUAUGGAGAUGACAAGAACAGGGUUCUCUACUUGGAAUAUGCAACCGGAGAAAGCAGAGAUGCAUGAGGAGGAGCUGUUUAUGUUUAUGUAUUUGUUUUAGUAUAGUAUGAACUCUAGAAUGAAUCUUGUUGUAAUGACUAUGUUUAAGACAAUAUUUGUGAGUUUCUUUUUGCUGAAAUGUGUGUUUAUAUUUAUUUUGAAGUGACAGAAACUCUAGUGGAUAAGCAGUUCCUUCAAGCAGCUCUUACACUUCUAGCUUAAAGUCUCCAAGAUACAAUGAUGAAUAGUAAGGUAUGAGUUAUAUAGCGAGUUUUUGUCACUGUCUUAAGCUUCUUAAGUUUUGGUCCGUGAGUAAACUUGUGGAGUUUUGUAAGAUAGCUUCUUAUCUGGUUUAGGUUUGGUUAUUUUCACAAAAAGUAGGGUAUAGAACUGAGAUUUCUGGUUUUGUUAAGAUCAAAUGUGGGAUUGGUAAAUACCUGCCAGAGUGCUAACUGAUUUAUCAAAUUAAAGGAAACCGGUUUGGUGCAGCUAAUAAUUAUCGGUUUUUAAUUGGUUAUAUUCAGUUAGAGAACUUUUGGUUUGUUAUGAAGGAACAUAUGAAUGGUUCAGUAUCUCUAACCGUGUUUUAUUUAUUUUUUAUCUUGAUAAACUUUACUGAUGGUUGUAUGUUUUAUGUGGUUUCAGGACACGUUUAGGUUCUUAGUUGAAGAUGACGACAUGGAUUUGAUACUAGAGGAGAGUGUAGUAAUGUUUACUUAGAGGAGAGUGUAGCAAUGUUUUUAGAGAUGGCUGGACAAGAUUUAUCCGUACGGGCUUUAGCUGAGAGAUACCAACAUUCAUCUGACACAGUGAAUAGGAAGAUAGAUGAGGUUUUAAGUUCUUUGUUGAAACUUGCAGCAGACAUUGUGAAACCUGAAAGGGAUGAGUUUGCAAGUGCUAGUCCUAUUCUAGUAGAUGAUCCGCGAUAUUACCCUUUUUUUAAGGAUUGCAUAGGUGCUUUUGAUGGAACUCAUGUGCCGGUUCGUCCUCCUUCUGGGAAUGCCGAUCCAUUCAGAGGUAGAAAAGGAGAACCAACUAUGAAUGUCUUAGCUAUAUGUAAUUUCAGCAUGAAAUUCAUAUAUGCUUAUGUUGGGGUUCCUGGGAGAGCACAUGAUACAAAAGUGUUGACAUAUUGUGCUAAGGAAGAAGCUUCGUUUCCUCAUCCUCCAGUUGGAAAGUAUUAUCUAGUAGAAUCUGGAUACCCAACUAGAACUGGUUAUUUAGGACCUCACUGUAGAACUAGAUAUCACCUGGAUCAGUUUGUUAGAGGAGGACCACCGACAAACAGCAGAGAGUUAUUCAACCGAAAACAUUCUGGCUUGCGUUCGGUAAUUGAGAGAACAUUUGGAAUAUGGAAGGCUAAGUGGAGGAUUCUUGACAGGAAGCACCCUAAGUAUGAGCUGAAUAAAUGGGUGAAGAUUGUGACAGCAACAAUGGCUCUCCACAAUUUUAUAAGAGAUUCAAACCAUGAGGAUUGUGAUUUUGCACAUUGGGAAAGAGUGGAAGAAUAUGAACAUCAUGGGGAUGAAGAUGAUCAUGUUGCAUACGUACCAGCUGGAGAUAGAGUCAUGGAAGCUAUGCGAGAUUCCAUUACUGAAGAGAUGGCAAGAGGACGUCGACUUCCAUACUAGAUGUAAGUCUUUUGAAGCUCUCUCUGUGUGAAACAAGUACUCUUAUGCAUCUUGUUCUUUGGGCUUUGUAAUGUGAAUUGAUUAUCCCUUUGUGGCAAAUGCUUAUUCUCGUUUCUUUACUUUUUCUUUGUGAUUAGAAGCAAGCUGUGAAGAAGGCUUUGUUUCAGUUGUUUGCUGAGAAAGUUAGAGACCACAAGGGGUUGGAAUCAAGAUGGGCUGUUAUGGAACUCACGUGUGGGUUUGUAGUUUUGUUUCCCUCUUCUUUUUGUUCACUUCUAGUAUGGGUUUGUAGUUUUGUUUCCUUUGGACCAAUUGAUAAUGCAAACUCAUUAUCCUUUUAUGUUUAAGUUUUUAUUUACCAUGAUCUAUUUAAAGUUUU